AUGAAACUAUAUAUUGAUCCUCUUCAUUUCGCUACCCAACUUACGCGUUCUGUUUCUCCUAACUCUUCCUCUGCUUAUCAACUCUUCGAAACAGAUCGACAAGCUUCUUUUUUCAUCUUAGAUAGUCAAACUCACCCCAAUACUUUUGAUCCUUUCUUGGAACCUCCCAUAAAUGCUUCCCUACGCAAGAAGGAAUUUGACACUGAUGCUAUCCUUUCCCAAAUUUGCAUUCCGAUUUAUCCUGCUACCUCUUUGAACUCUUUUUCAACUGGCGAUACAUUUACUAAUGUGCAGAAUGGCAUUCCUUUAGAUUCCGUUCUCUCAAAUACCAUCGAAAUGCACAAUCCUUCGGUUUCCUGCAUAUUAACCACAACUCAAACUGCCAAUAAUGAAAUCUCCGCCAUUACUGACAUGCCCAUAUGCCCUAUUGCCUCUAGCCUUUCCCUCCUCGACUUCACUACUGUCGCCUCAUCCACUGUUCUUGAGAUGCCCAUACCCAUGCCCACCCAUACUCCGUCCACUUCAAAUUGUCCCUUGACUUUAUCGUCUUCUUCGAGCUGCCUAUUUUAUCCCAGACCCACGAUUGCCACACAUAUAUUAAAAGGCAGUUCUGAUCCGAAGAACAGCAUUACUUCUGCUUCCUGGAUCCGGAAGGAAUCCGUUUUAAAGGCUUCAGCCAACUCAGUUGAUUCUCCAAGCACCUCGCAUUCAGUUGUAGAUUCUAUUCCAAGUUCUCGCAGUCCUUCUGUGGCUUCGCUUCAUAUCUCUGCCAAUCAGUCCACUUCAACUCGGGUCUUUCCGCUGACCACCUUCCGGCGUGCUUCCACUCGACGUCAUUGCUACAACUGUCUUGGUUUUUGCCUUUUAUUGUUCUCUCUUUUUACUUUUCUAUUGCUCCUAGUAUGCUUUGCUUCACCAGGGUUCCUUCUGCCAUUUUCAUUGUAUGUCUGCCCUUUCAUCCCCUUCGGCUGGUGGCACUGUCAUGGAACUCAUGGCCAACUUCCUUACACACCGAUUUUGCUUGAUCGUAUAUUUCCUCCUCCGAUCUAA